UGAAAAUUCCAACCUAUUAUCUCCUUCAGGUAUUGGCUACGCUAUCUGCAUCAUCGACCUCUAUAUGGCCAUGUACUACAACACUAUCCUGGCCUGGAGCAUGUACUACCUGGUGGCUUCCUUCAGUAGCCAGCUGCCCUGGACCACCUGCGACAACCCCUGGAACACCAUCAACUGCACGCUCACGGCCGAGGUCUUCAACCAUUCCGACAAGUCCCUCACCGUCUCCCCCGCCAAGGAAUUCUUCAGGAAGGAGGUGCUGGAGGUGGACAGGAGUCAGGGCCUCGGCGACCUCGGCCCUGUCAAAGGAUCGCUCGCUCUCUGCCUCUUCUCCGUCUUCGUCCUCGUGUACUUCUCCCUGUGGAAAGGUGUGAAGUCGACAGGCAAGGCGGUGUGGGUGACGGCGCUGCUGCCCUAUGUGGUGCUCCUCAUCCUGCUGGUGCGAGGCGUCACUCUGCCAGGGGCCACGGACGGCAUCCUCUACUACCUCACGCCACGCUUCCAGAUGCUGCACAAACCUAAAGUGUGGGUCGACGCCGCCACGCAGAUCUUCUUCAGUCUCGGCCCCGGCUUCGGCACCCUCCUCGCCCUCUCCUCCUAUAACAAGUUCAACAAUAACUGCUACAGGGACGCGCUGCUGACUUCCUCCAUCAACUGCCUCACCAGCUUCCUCGCCGGCUUCGUGAUCUUCUCCGUGCUGGGCUACAUGGCGAACGUGCAGAACAAGAACAUUUCCGAGGUCGGGGAGGAAGGACCCGGCUUGGUGUUCACCGUGUACCCCGAGGCCAUCGCCACCAUGACCGGCUCCGUGUUUUGGUCUAUCAUCUUCUUCCUCAUGCUCAUCACGCUCGGUCUGGACAGCACGUUCGGGGGUCUGGAGGCCAUGAUCACGGGGCUGUGUGACGAGUACCCGAAGCUGCUGGGGCGCCACAGGGAGCUGUUCGUGCUGGGGCUUCUCAUCUUCAUCUACGUGUGCGCCCUUCCCACCACCACCUAC